UGUCUCAGCGUCAGGGAGGUUCCAUGUCCAUCCGCUGGCCGGGCUGCUCCCUAGGAAGCCAUGCUUGGAUACUGAUAGCCAUGUUUCAGCUCGCCAUGGAUCUGCCCACGUGCGAGGCCCUGGGCCCAGGCCCCGAGUUCCGGCUGCUGCCGCGGCCUCCGCACCGGCCCCUGCGCUUGUGGAGUUUUAAGAGCGGACAGCCGGCCAGGAUCCCGGCCCCCGUGUGGAGCCCCCGCCCGGCCCGCGUGGAGCGCAGCCACGGGCAGCUGCAGAGCCCCCGCGCCAAACGGGCGCACAGACCUAGGGACCCGGCGGCCGCCCUGGUGCCCAGAGGGGGGCUCGCCAAGCCCCCCGCCGCCGCCAGAUCCAGCCCUUCCCUGAGCGCCCCCCGCUCCUCGCCGUCCCCCGUGGUGGGGGCCCCCGCGGACCAGCAGGCCCUCCUGCGCCGGGGAAAGAGGCACCUGCGCGCCGCCGGCUUCAGCAGUUUUGACUUCAGAGGCAGCAGGUCCACGACGGAGACGGAGUUCAUUGCGUGGGGGCCCACGGGGGAGGAGGAGGCCCCGGAGUCCAACACGCUUCCCGGCGUGUACGGGCCCACCACGGUCUCCAUCUUCCAAACGCGGAAGACGACUGUGGCCACCGCCGCCACGGCCGCCACGGCCACCACGGCCACCUCCAUGACGCUGCAGACUAAGGGGGUCACCGCGCCCCUGGACCCCAGGCAUAGGAUCCCAGCUGGGGUUAGCACAACGGAGCCUUCCACCAGUUCCAGCAGAGACAGCGGCAAAGACACCAAGCCCCCGCGGAUUCUGGGGGAGACCUCAGGUUUGGCUGUCCAUCAGAUUAUCACCAUCACCGUCUCCCUCAUCAUGGUCAUAGCUGCUCUGAUUACAACUCUUGUCUUAAAAAACUGCUGUGCCCAAAGCGGGAACGCUCGAAGGAACAGCCACCAGCGGAAGAUCACGCAGCAGGAAGAGAGCUGUCAGAACCUGACGGACUUCACCCCAGCCCGGGUGCCCAGCAGCCUGGACAUCUUCACGGCUUAUAACGAGACCCUCCAGUGCUCGCAUGAGUGUGUGCGGGCGUCCGUGCCCGUGUACACGGACGAGACACUGCACUCGACGGGGGAGUUCAAGUCCACGUUUAACGGGAACCGACCCUCCUCUUCUGAUCGGCAUCUUAUUCCUGUGGCCUUCGUGUCUGAGAAAUGGUUUGAGAUCUCCUGCUGACUGGCCGAACUCUUUUUUACCUCCUGGGGGCAGGGCAGACGCCAUGUGUCUGUUUCAUGGAUUCCGUGGUGAACCUGUAAAAAAAUAAAAUAAAAUAAAAUAAAAACCCCACAGAACCUAAAACUCAACUAUCUAAGGGGGAGGGUCCCCGCACCUACCACGUGUGUCUGCCGGUGGGGAACUCAGAGCAGGACGCUGUAGGCCAAAUAUAUUUUUAUAAAAAUGCUCACGCCUAUGGGGGACUGCCUUCUCCCAAUUUUCUUUGGAGAACCGGAAGAAGAAACGCCAGGAUGGAACUGGACACGGAGAGGCGAGGACACCAAGCGAGGAGGACAGGACGCGCCGGAAGCCUGGGAUUUGUCCCUUGAUUCUGAGCCUGUGCCAAUUAUACCAUUAUGUGCCAUGUACGGACCCACAGACUUGGUGACACAGCCAAAGCCAAGCGAGCCACGCGUAGAAAUCUCACAGAACACAGGGGCGGGGAGCUCUUCCGACAGAGUCGCUAUUUCUGGUUAAUAUAUAUGUGUAUAUAAAUAUAUAAAUACACACAGACACACACACACACACACGCACACACUUUUUUGUACUGUAGCAAUUUUUGAAGACCUUCAAUGUUCCUUUUUUUUAAAAAAAAAAGAAUUGUUCUCCGUUACAAAAUCUGAUUUAUUUCCCAGGCUUAGUACGAACAGGACAAACCAGUGUUUUCUACUUUGCAGACACACACACACCACUCACACACACACUCGCACACAAACACAUACGCGCAUAUAUAUGCAUAUAUCGGAAGUGCAGUUCCACGAGUGAGCAGACUCCUUCUGGUGACCUGGUAUCCCGUCGCCGUCCGUCCAUGCCCAGGACAGCCUCGACCCACGCCCAAAGACCCUCAAAUGACACGCCCUGCAUUUGCUAGAUAUGUGGUGAGUGGCACCAACUGUGCAAUUUCUUACCUUGAGCCGUAAUGCUGAUCGCCAUGGUUUUAUAUACAUGCAUAUACACACACACACAUAAAUACUAUCUUUUUUAUGUCAUUGUUUGAAGACGCUACCUGACAGCCAUGUGCACAUUUAUGUAGCCAGCGGCUUACCAAUGGGCCUGAGUGUCAGAUUGGGCAGGGGGAUGGGGUCCUGGCCAUCUUUGUGUUCAUACAAGCAGAGUCCGAAUUAAAGAAAUUUCCCAGUUCCAAAAAUUAAAGGAAUACAUCCUGAUAAUGUGUGUGCGUAUGUCAGAGCAGAGCUCAGAAACUGACGAGGCCCCCAGCUCGGUUGGAAAGGCUGCCCCCACGCGAGCCAUGCCCUAGCGUGUCCUGACUUCCCACGCAUUGGCGGAUGGAGGUGGCCUGCUCUUUCUCAAGCCCAAGGGUGACUUUGGAUCUUAGGGGAGACAGUAGCAAAGAUUCUGUGUCUUGUGGGUUCCCGUUGGCCAACGUCUGUGUUUUGCCAUCAACAACCCCGGUAUGGAGGUUUCCAAUGGAAAUAGGACUGGAGCCUCGUUACAGAGAUUCCCGACUGCACACAAUCCACUAAAAGCACUGCCAACGCCCUCACGACCCCCACCUUAUAAAGGUGCCCUGGUGCCCGUCUUACUGCUAGUAGGGGAAGCUGUAGGGGAUGGGUGGGGCCGUCUGGGGGCCUCCCUCAUCCCCAUCAGACAGAACAUUUCUUCCUGUGGGGACCCCAGAUCUGGUGCGCACGGCUUGUCGCCUGUAAACGGCCCACAUGGAACUUUGAUUUCACCAGGCUGGCACUGGAACCCACUGAGUGAAAGGCCCACAGACCAGGUUAAAAGGUUAAAGGUCAGGCAGCAGCUAACCUCUUGCCUACUUGUUGGCUGGGCAGGUGACCUGAUUCUUCCAGGGGGCUCACUCUCCCAUGUGCUUGCAAAGUUCGCUUUUGCACCUCUUGAAACCAGGGAGAGGAAAGCAAUGACAGUGGAGGGGAAAACACGUUUUUGUCACGCUGUAGCAGUAAGCGCCGUGUUGGUGAUAUUACUCCGGAACCUGGAAAGUUGUGGUUUUGGUUUUGGUUUUGUCAUUUCCCCCCGAAGUUUCAGCACAUACAAGGCAAGGCAAACAUCCGCGACAGCCAUGUGAUUGUCUCCAGGUUCCUGGGACCCACCUGUCUGGCGCUUGAUCACGCACCUGUCAGUCUGUCUGUCAUCCAGUGCUUCACCUCUCUGUCCUGAAGUCACUCUCCCACUGGAGGUCAGCACCGGGGCUUCCUGACUCAGGUGAGCCCAGCUCGGUGUGAGCGCAAGGCCAGGGCUGUCAGCCUCCCUCAGGGCCCUGGAAGCUUCUGCUCUGCUCUUUGACACUAGGUGACUGCUGAGCCCACCUGGAAAGGAGGUGGUGGCAGGGCGCCAUGUGUUCACCGACAGCAGGAAGCCAGGGUUCCUGUGGGGCCACAGUUUACCUCCAGCUGCAGCUCAGCCCCUGCCCCAGACCACGGGCUGCCCUCUGGGUGCCUGAACUGUUUCUGGGGUGCGCAGGACCCUGAGCCUUCGAAGGGAGUUUAAAAUAACACCCCUCCCCCACCCCAGCCCCUUGACCUCAGGCUCAGGGUAGAGCCUGGAGUCUCCCCAGGAAGUCUAGUUCUGCACGCAUGUCUGUCUGUCAAAACGAAUCCACUUACAGGAACACCCCGCUUGGUGGUGACUGAGGAAGGCUGUGUAGAGACGGCUUAUCUUGUUUUUUAAAUGGCUACCUGGAAAAGCCUGGAAACAUCAUUUCUAUACAACGAGAGGCUAAAGGAAAAGCGAGCGGGCUUAUGAAACACGGCCCCGCCCACAGUGCAGCCUGUAAAACCACAGCACAGGACUUGUUGGAAUCAGCCCCACAGACACAGGCCCAAACGUGCCGCCGGUGUCUGGUGAGUUGGGCCGGGCCCGCCUUCCCGGGCUGGGCAGUAAUUCUGGGUUGGUCAGUGUUCUGUCUUCUGGAUUUGAAAGUCCGUUAGCAAACCCCCACCCGGUGUUUCCUCGCAGAGUCAUAUUUCAGCCCCCAGGAUCCAGUCCUUACAUUUGCGUUAGCUUUUUUUUCCCCUCAAGGAAUAUUCUCAGAGGAAGGGUGAUAUGGUUUGGUCACGUCCCCCAAUUUUUGUCCGCCUCCAUCUCAUCCAUUCAGUUGCUCUCUGACAUCCUACGAUCACGGGCCCCUGGGCCGCGUGCCGACCACUGUCCGUUGCCUACCUUCCCAGACUUCCAAAGCUUUCGGAACAACAGGACAGGGCUGUUGGAACCUCUGCUGUACGGUCAAGUCUAUUUCUAGCCUGAAUCGCUUCUAAUCUUCAUGCGCUGAAUGCCAUUUUUAUCUAGUUGCGAUAAUGGGCGUGAUUACUUUUGUUUACAAAUUCUGAGCGCUAAGGGGUAGAUCUUCAGGCAUGGCCAGGAAAGCUUCCUGGCCAUCUCCCACUGGACCCCGAUUCCAGCAGUGUCCGAACAGGGCCAGGCUGUGUGUGCAGAGGCCUUCUUCCAGCCCUGGCCUGCUCACACAGUGCGGAGGCAUAGGGACCCCUGGGAUACGUCGAGGGUUGUUCCUGUUCAGAGUUAGCGUCCUUGUGCAGAAAGGAGAGGCCACUUAGGAAGCUGUACUUUCUCCCCCGUGUUUCUGGUCCUUCCUAACCCUGAGUUCCGGUGGACUUCUCAGGUUGCAUUCAACUUCCUCAUGUUCAUCUCAGUCCUUCACGGAGCAUUUUCAACUUAGAAACCUGGACUCGUUAGCAAACCCCACCAACUCUCCAAAUUUGAGCACCAGGAAUUCAGUAACUGCUCCAGCGAUCUUGCAACCUUUGGUCACUCGCUUCUCACGAGCAUAUUGCCCCUUCUCAGCCACAUUUCGUCAUCGGGCAGAACCUUCCUCAGCCUCUGGUCUUCAGGAAUGUUGUGCAUUCAAGUCCACCCCUUCUGGUUGUAUUAUGAAAGGAACACAUCAAAGAUUUGAACUUUUUGCUUUGUACGGCCUCUAUUGGACGCUAUUGCCCAAAGAGAUAGUCCAUCUCUUUUGUUUAUUCGCCCGUGUGGUCCAGUAUCACCUGUCGCUCAAGAAGCUGGGCUGACCCCAGUUUCUUGGGAGAUAAGACAAGGAACCAGGACUGAGGUGCAGGGCUGGGACCUGCAGCCCUGUCACGGCCAGACUGGAUCUUCCUGUGGCUUUUAUUCCAGAAUGGCAUUGGCACAUACCUUCCCUCUGUCCGUGUUUUGACACCAUUGCCUUCUUUCCUGCGAGACAUCUCAGCAUAAGUGAAUCUUGGCACUUCGCUGGGCUAGUUUUCCCUUCUCCAGUCAUCCCCCAAGUCACGACGGGAAAAGCUACUGAGGCUCCUGAGUUCUGUGGAGGUUUGGGGGCAAUUCUAGUUUCACCAUGUGGGUUCUUUAAGAGGACGCCACUCAGAUGUGCUGUUCGUUGGUCAUUUAUCCAUUCACAUAUUCAACGAAGAGCUGAACUUCUCCAUGUUGGAGACACGAUGAGGGAUAAGACACAGACCUGCCCUUUUGGGUUUUACUUCCUAUUCUGGGAGGAGGCAGAUAAUUAACAUAGAAGCAAACAAAACAAUGCCCGGAAAGAGGGAUACGUUAAAGGAAGGCAACAGAACAAGGUGAUAGAAGAGAGAGAAGUGGCAGCUUUCUGUGUCUCUCCAGCUUGUCCUCCUCUCCGAGUGGGAAAUCACUUGUUUACCAAGGGUUGGUCUGGGGUUGAAAGGAGCAAAAAAGCCUUACUCCCACCUCCUGGGUAAAAAUGCAGUGCAAUGCCAAAGAUAAGAUGUCCCAUCAUUACAAACUGUCCCACCUGGUUUUCCACCAAUCAUACUUCAUGGGACGGAGAAGUGGGACCAAGAUGAGGGAUAGAACCCUGUUGAUGGGUUACCCUCUCCUUUGAGCACUCUCUCUCCCCCCGGACCCCUCCCCAUGCGCACAUCUACGUUGUCAAGUCACCAUUAGGUCAACCAGUUCUCAAAGAGGACAAAGGAAUUCAAGGGCAGAGAUGCAACCCACAGGCACGGGGGGGCCCCAGGAGAGUCAUCCCUCUGCGUAAGGAAGGCAUCUGCCUUCUCAGAAGUUUCUCUCAACACUGAUCAUGCUUAGCAACGUACUUCUUAAACAACAUCUGCCUUUAAGUAAGCAGUUAUUCCAAAACAUGCUGUGAUUCAUGUAAUUUUGGAGUGGUUACUUUGGUGCAGUUUGUCAACUUGGUAUGCCAUAUUGUUUUUUGAUCGUUUGUUUGUUUUCCCAUGUAAAUAGCACAGCCCACAUAAAUGAGCCAACCUCACCAUCUGAGGAUUUUUGAUGAUUCUUUCCGGCUUAUUUUCCAUUUAUGUGCUUCCUGCUAUGAAGACAAGCUUCUCUUUCCCUCACUCUGAGCCAAGAUGUGCGUGUUAGUGAUACUCGGUGUUAUUCGUGGGGUUUCCAGCAAGGGCUUAAAUGAUUGACAUUGUGAGAUACGCUACCAGCCCUUUCAUGCAGAGUGGAGCAUGGGUGUGCAGUUUUGCAUUUCUAGGUUUAGAGUUUGCAUUUGAAGGUAACGAUUGGGUAAAUAGAGGUAUAGGCAGAGAACCACCCCAACCAUCAAGCAGAAAGAUUGAGCUUCUUUUGACCUGAAAUGAUUCUAGAAAGGUCUCAGCCAGGAAGCAGGCCCUCACCAGUCUCCAGAGUUCAAAUCGGUCACCAUGUAGGCAGACAAUCCCUGGGUGGGGAAUUCAAUCAUGUGCACAAUCGUCUUUUAUGCCAAAGGGCCAGUGGCAGCCUGUGUACCUUAGCAGGGGAGCAGUAGCGCCAGAACUGGGACAGCCAUCCCGAAUCGCUCACACGUACCCCCCUCCAUUUUACUUCACUUUGGUUUGGGGGGGGUUAACCACGUAGGCUGUGGCUGAUGAGAAAGCCGUGCACACAAUGGCACCGAGAACGUAGAAUGACACAGGAGCAGGAGGUGAGGUGCUUGUCAUGGGCUCUUUAAGGCAGCACGUGGAUAGCAGGGGGCUGGGGUGAGGGGCUGCUCUCAUGGAUUCCCAGACACCACACCAGCCAUAGGUCCACACUCUACACUUGGAAAUACACCGCCCACGCCCAAUUAUAGAAGCACGUGAAGAGAAUGGUCAACUGGGUUAUCACAAGUGUCAGUGUUGGGGCUGAAACACUAAAACACAUCCUUCCGGUAGGUCCACUGCAUGUCCCACUUGACGGGGUCCCUGCAGAAUGCUCCAGGAGCGACUGUGCAUGGACUCAAGAGAGGAGCUUUGAAUGAACCCACAAAUCGCAGCCAGAUGUGGACCAGCCUCAGGUUAAAGGCGUGGCAUAAGUGGGGCCAACCUUGCCCACCGGGGACUCGGGUUCAUAAGCACUUGGGAUGGGGGCAGUUUGAACAGCCAGCAAGUAGUGGGGGGAGCGUCAGUGAACGUACAAAUGGCCCUGUUAUCUCUUCCGUGUGGGUUGGAGUCAGAACAUACAUGUACCAUGUAGAGUAUCAAUUAAAUACACCCUCUGGGGGCUGACUUAACUCUUACCAAUACCUUAAAUCUCACAGUAAAGCUUCUGCUGAGUCAUGUUUGGCAGGAAUGGAUGCAGAGAGGAUCCAAUCAUAGGAAACUCUUUUUUUGAAAAUCAGUUUUGUCCCAGGUGGACUCUCCCUUAAAAUAGAAUCCUCUAGAGACCUGGAUUUUCAUGUGUAAAUUCCCACCUCAAUAUUUGCAACUCCAAACAGCUCCCUAGGAACUUCAUUCUUCUUUGGACACAAACUCAGCUGACCACGCUGGUUAGCUUUGUCGGAUUUCUGAAAUUCUGCAAUAAAAUUCUUUAGUGUUGAUGUUUCUAGCUUUUGGUUUGGCAGACCAUCAGUUAGUGCUGGUCUUAGUGAAUUUGGCAAGCAAUUGCUUGCAGAAAUCGGGGAGAACUAUGCCCAUGGGACAAGCGAGAAUGCUGUGCAGUCCUAAGUUUGACUUAUUGGCACCAUCUUGCACCACUAAGACGUGUAGCCACUAAAAGUCUAAGAUGGGGACCCUUUGAAGACCCCCAAUGUAAUUGUUUCAAGUCAUUACCCAGAAAACUGCAAAAGGCAAACACCAUUGUACCCACCUCCUGGGCCACUGUCCCAUUUCCCAAGAGAACCAUCCCAUCUUUCUCCACUAUUCAAUCAUCCCAAGCCAGUAGGGACAAUUUCAAAGUCAUCGUGAUACCCCAAACCUAAAUCCCAACCAUCAGGGGACUGACUGGAAUAGAAGCGAGGGGUUUUUGCCAAAGCCUGAAGCUGCUGAGAUCCAUAUGGAGGUAGCAGCAAACUCAUAGAAUUGUUCUUGACAAGGCUUUGUGUAAUAGCCUCUGCCACCAGGAGGGACCCUCUCCCUCUGCCUCCAAAGUCUGGUUUGGUUUGGGACCACACUGUAUUAUCUCGCUCUGAUGCAUAUGAAUUUCUAAUAUCAAGUAAUGUGACUGCCAACAACUUAAGGUCAAGAAAGCAACAUGAGUGUUUCUUCUGGAUGAGUUUAAAAGCAAACAUGAACUCACAUGAAAAUUACAAAGAGGGGAGAUCUCUAAGGUGCUCUUAGGUAUUGUGCCGCUUCCACAUAUAAGCACAACUGCUCUCCCAGGAAAGGGCCUUGACGACAGGGAUGGGCAGCUGGUUUUGGAAUGUCAGCAGACAUCACAGAUCCCAUGUUUGGCCACACGGUCCUUGAACAGAACUGCCGUGACCUACAGACAGAUGUUGUUUUAUGUUUUUGUUUGUUUUCCAUUGGUAUUUGAAUUGCUUCCUCGGAAGCCAGAAGGGUGAAAGGAGCUUAGCAGAGUUGGUUCUCAGUCAACUGACCCUAAAUUUCAUCCUUUAAAAUGAAUCCCCAGUUAAGGUGACAGAAUGUCCUGAGGUUCUGCCAGCAUUUCCGAGACCUUCACGGGUCGUGCGGCUCGGUAGGAGGACAGAACACUGUCCACAGCAUUCUCUGAUCCCGAGACACUCACCAGUUGUGGUAAGAGGGAGAUGUGGGAACUUGUGCAGUUUUGGAAUGAAACACUGACGUUUUGGGGAAAUUUGGAACCAGUUGGGGCUCCAGUUAAUUGUUUUGUAAAAACUAGAAAGUUUUGUUUUGUUACUUGUUCUUCUGGCAACUCCAUUUGGAUCAUUUCAUCUUCUUACCUUCCCCGGAGAAACACAGUGGCAGAUGCCAGAACCCAGACAGAACACAGUUACCUUCCAGUUAAAAUUAUUUAAAUGUAAAGCAGAACGACCACAACAAAGCCUGAUGUGAACUUGAGUGACCUUGCUGAUUAGGUUUCCUUAACUUUCGAUUGACGUGUGGAUGGACCAGAGAUUAAUGGGGCUGAACAACAGUUUCUGUGUCUCCACACGUGCUGUUGAGCAAGCGUCUCCUUGAACUUGAGUUAGACCCAGUAGAUGUUAAGCCGGACACUGGAGGAAGUGUAAGGCCAUGCCUUGGUUACGUUUUUAAAGUCUUGUACAUUUUUUUUUCAAAGGGAAUAAAUGUUUACUCAUGAUAUUUAGAAAAUACCAAUAACCAACCAGAAGAGAAGCAUCUGAAACCCUCCAACUAUUGUUUAAUUCAGGGGAAAGGGGUUAUAAAAUGCUGAACUUGUGAGGACAGGUUGCAGAGGUCGCCCCACGGUCAGCACCAUUGCCCACUCUGGCUCCAAUGUGUGUUUUAUAAAAAGGAAGUCCAAUUAGCUUUUGAAGGCGUCUUUGCCAGGUUUUCUUAUUGACUGAACUCAUCAUUAGAGUGUCUCUGGGCUGAAGUGGAAAGGGCAGUCUACCAUUUGGAUGGUUUGCUUUUCCAUCAUCGAGUGUGGGCCACUGGGCACCUCUGGGGGUGGGGAUGGCAUAACCAGAACACGCAGAGAAGCAUCCAAAUUACUGGCUGGAGUUUUCACAUGGGGCAUCUACCUGGGAGCCAAGGAUCUCAGCAGGAUUCACGUCCAUGUCCAUACUCCUAGUGUAUUGGAAUAAUACCAAAUUUACCAGGUCUUGUUACAUGAAUUUAAAGAUGGAGCCCGUUCCUCCCUCCUCCUCCUCCUCCCCAGCUCACCCAUGGAACUGGAAAGCUCACACGCCGUAAGCCUGAACCACAGGACAAGAAAUCGAGUGCUGAGAGCCACAGCGGCCUAUUGUCACAGGCUUUAAGUUGACUGUUUUUGAACUUUAUUCUCCGCGCCCCCCCCCACCCCCGUUACUCAUGUAUAGUCAAACUGGGUUUAUUUUGAUUUUCCUAAAUUAUUUUCUGAUACAAUAAACUGUUAAGCGUUUAUUUAUACUUUUA